ACCAUCAUCCAAGGGGCCGGGCCGGAGAGGAGCGGGCGGCGGCGGCAGCAGCAGCGUCGUCGUCGGGCGGCCGCGCUGCUCCCUCCCCUAUUGUCUCCGCUCGGCCCGGGACUGGCUCGGGCUGCAGUCGCCGCCGGGGCGCAUCAGGAUCGCGGCGCCAUGGUGGCCCGGAGCACGGACGGCAUUGAUACAACAGGAGAAGGGCAGGUGCGCUCUUUGGGGAAUGCCACCAGUAACAUCAAAGGGAAGCCGACCAAGAGGCUUUCCAUCACAAGGGGCCACUUCCCCAAACUGACAGACUGUGCCCAUUUCCACUAUGAGGCUGUUGACUUUGGACACAUCCAGCUGCAGUUCACACCAGAGCAGAAUGAGAACCUCGGCAGCCUGGAGGAGGGAGAGCUUCUGUUUUCUGUUCAAGUCACCUGCAAGGGAAAGAGCUGGCAGGUGCAUCGCAGCUAUGAGGAAUUCCGCACGCUGGACGUCCACCUCCAUUGCUGCAUCUUUGACAGGCGUUUCUCUCAGCUUCCUGAACUGCCCUCCCCCAGCCACAUCCGGGCUCACCCAGAGCUGCUGGUGCCCAUGCUUUCUCAAUACCUGGAGAAGCUCUCGGCCAUUGUGGACAGCAACAUCAACUGUGGCCCCGUCCUCACCUGGAUGGAGAUUGAUAACCAUGGCAACCGGCUGCUGGUGAACGAAGAAGCCUCUAUCAACGUCCCUGCCAUUGCUGCUGCCCAUGUCGUUAAACGCUACACAGCCCAAGCGUCUGACGAGCUCUCCUUUGAGGUUGGAGACAUCAUCUCUGUUAUUGAUAUGCCCCCUAAAGAGGACAGGAGCUGGUGGCGUGGGAAGCAUGGAUUCCAGGUGGGUUUCUUCCCCAGUGAGUGUGUGGAGCUGUUCUCAGAGCGUCCCACCUCGGGACUCAAAUCAGAUGCAGAAGGGAUGAGCUGUGGCAUCCCCAGGCCCCACGGCCUCCUCUCCCCAACCUCAGUGUCCAAGAAGCACGGCAAGCUCAUUGGGUUCCUUCGCACCUUCAUGAAGUCCAGGCCCAGCAAGCAGCGCUUGAAGCAACGUGGCAUCCUCCGGGAGAGGGUCUUUGGCUGCGACUUGGGCGAGCACCUCAAGAACUCGGGCAGCGAUGUCCCCCAGGUACUGCGCUCCUGCUCCGAUUUCAUUGAGAAACAUGGCAUUGUGGAUGGCAUCUACCGCCUCUCUGGGGUCUCCUCCAACAUUCAGCGGUUGCGGCAUGAGUUUGACAGUGAGCGAGUGCCCGAGCUCUCCAGGGACGUCUACCUACAGGACAUCCACUCCGUCAGCUCCCUCUGCAAGCUCUACUUCCGGGAGUUGCCAAACCCGUUGCUCACCUAUCAGCUCUAUAACAAGUUUGCCGAGGCCGUUUCAGUUUCUGGGAAUGACGAGCGCUUGGUGCGAGUUCAUGACGUCAUCCAGCAAUUGCCUCCACCGCACUACCGGACCCUGGAAUUCCUGCUCCGGCACCUGGCACGCAUGGCUAUGCACAGUCAAAACACCAGCAUGCAUAUCCGCAACUUAGCCAUCGUCUGGGCACCCAACCUGCUGCGGUCAAUGGCUCUCGAAUCUGUAGCCCAGUGCGGAGCGGAUGCCUUCCAGGAAGUCCGGGUUCAGUCCCUUGUGGUCGAGUUCCUUCUCAACAACGUUCAGGUUCUCUUCAGUGACACAUUCACCUCUGUCGGCAAGGACAGUGCAGGGCGCUGCUUCCUUCCCCGACCCAAAUCCCAGUUGGUCAGCUGCCCCUCCACCCGACUGCUGUCCUUGGAGGAAGCACAGGCUCGCACACAGGCUCUGUGCAAGAUCACCAAGCCCGAGGCCAGGCGUGACUCCACCGAUUUGCAGGGGCAAGGGAAACUCUCCUCUGUGUUGGGCUCACCUGAUGCCAGGCAAAAGGCAGAAAGCAACGGGAGGCUACGCAAGACCUCAGGUCCGAGCUGGAAGGCCUUCUUUGCCAUCGGCAAAGCGCCGGUCACGUUCCGCAAGAAAUCGCAUCGACUCGGAGAGAUCUUUGGCCUCGGCGAGUCUCUGCCAGGGGGACAGGCUGAGACCGUCACCCUUCGGUCAGCCAAGAGUGAGGAAUCCCUGACCUCGCAGGCCAGCAUGGCAGGCCUCCCCAAGCUGCCCUGCCUGCGCCGCCCACACUCCAGCAGUGACGCCUUCUCUUCCUUGAAGCCGUGCCGCUCCUGCUCUUCGCUAGGUUCCUCUGUGUCGGGCCGGGGGGAGGACCAGCCCAGGACAGAUGUGGCCGCACGGCGGCGUUCCUCCUGGCUGGAAGGUGACUCGGAGCUGGAUUCGGAACUCGAGCUAAGCCCCCCUGGCCUCCGCGGCCUGGACUUUGACCCCUUGACCUUCCAAUGCAGCCCUCCCGCUCGGCAGCCCUCCGUCUCGGACGACUCGGGCCCACCCAGCCCCGCGGGGGCCCUCUCACCCUGCUCACCCCCCACAAUUGGCAAGGACACGUCGGAGCCUUUGCCCGUCUCCCUCCCCGACAAGGUGCUGGAGAUGUUUGCAGGGGCUGAAGCUAGAGGGCUGAAUGCACACGCCUCGCCGCCACAAAUGAUCUCCAUGCUGCUUUGCGCUGCGGGUGGGCAGCUGAGCGACAGUUGCAAGAGGGAAGUCCGUUGCAAGCUCACACAAGCCAAAGGCCACACGUCGUCCCACAGUCCAAAGGCUGAAGUGGCCCCGACAUCCCCUGGCACGCUCUCUGUGCUGCGACACAUCCCUCCACCCCCUCCCCCCAAAAAUCCGGCUCGGCUGAUGGCACUAGCGCUGGCUGAGAGUGCACACCAGGCCGUCCUUCAGCAGAAGCAGCAGGCUAGCCGUGGGCAGAGGGAACCGCGGACACAUUUCCGGCGCUCCCUGUCGCUGGAGUGCAAGGCAGGGGAGCUGACAAGUGGAGCGCGGGCGCUCUACUCCAUGGUGCGUCCCAGCCCCAAGGCCCCUGGUCCUUCUUCACUGCAAGGUCAAGCCAGGGGCAGGAGUGCGGGCAGCCAGUGCCGCGAUCGCCAAGGAGGAAGCCAGGUACCGUUCAGUCAGACCUCUCCCCUGGGUAGCUCGGAUUCCUUCUCCCCCUACCGGAGGGCUCUCGCUGAUUUACCUCAGAGAGACCCUCCGCCUCACCCCUUACCGGAUCCGUACCACCUGUCCUGCCAGUCUCCUGCCUCACCAGCUGCCUACAGUUUUCACCACCAGCUGCCUCCCCUGUCAGCCCCAUACCCUGCGCCUCGCCAGCCCCAAGACGCCUACCCCUUGUCCAGUCCAUCUCCCGCCCCACCUAAACCUCCGCCUCCUCCCCACUUCCCCAUUCCCUCGAGCCACUUGCCCCUCAAAAGCAGGCUCCCUGCCUUCCCGCCCUACCUCCCAGACCAUCCGCUCCGGCAGCACAGCCGCUUCCCCGUCUCCUCGCGGGCGGGCGUUAACGGGACACCGCCGCCUCCCCAACUGGAGCACGAGAAUCUCUAUUAUGAGAUAGUGGGGGAGCCCCCUGCUUACCCAGGCAUGGCCCGGCCCUGGCCAUCCUGCCCACCCCCUGAGUAUUUGGCCACCUUCAAUGCUUCUUAUGGGGUGUUUGAGAGGCCCUGGCGCCAGGCCUACCUCCCGCCAGCCCCGUCCUCCCUCCAGCCCAUCCUGAAGAACAGCCGGAUUCACCCCCAGCCACCGCCCGUGGCAGUGAGCCAGCAGGAGCCCAUCUACGUCAACGUGCCCUUCCCCGAGCCCCCCUCCGUCAGCCCUACAUCCUCCCCCCCACCCGAAGCAGCGCACCCCCGCAGCCAUUCCGACCCUGGGGCCGCCCAGCCUCUGGCCCACCACAGCAGACCUCCGUUGCCUCAGAAACAGAGGCUCGGCUGGGGAUACCCACCCACUGGGCAGUACCGCCAGCUCAUGGAUGUGUUACCGUGCAGCCGAUCUGUGUUGCAGUUCUACCGGCCGCCGCCAGCCUGUUGGGGCCGGCCCCCAUAUGGUCCAGAGCCCAUCAUCACCUACGACGGACCCCCUGCCCGGCCAGGGAGCCAGGCGUCGGCACCCCCGUCGUCUCUGCGGAAGCUCGAUGAGUGCUGCCCCUCCCCGCCCCAGUACGGCAAUGUGGAAAGGAGGGAGGGGUCUCCGUCUGGCUGCUACCUGGGCCCCAGUUGGACCGUGUACACAGAGGGCCAAACGCACAGCUACUGCUGAAACACAGCGCCCCACGGUGGCACGCCUUGGAUUUUCGGGGCUGGGCUCCGAGUUCCUGCCCUCCUCCCUUCUCUGGUGUUCAUGGAACUACCUUGUGUACUGUUUGCUGUGAAAGAUAUGGGCGUUGGGGGAAGGCUGUGUCGCCACAAGUCACAUGACCCUCCCUGACUGCCGCGCCUGCCCAUUUCGAUGACUUAGCGGUGGUUGUUUGGAGAGCACACGAACCUCUGAGGCAGCUCUGACUCCAGGGCGACGUCCCACACCAGAAGCUCAGCCCGGCAUCAACGUGGAGUCCGUGACCCAACUGCGCCACCAGCUGCAUUGCACGCCCAACCCACUGUUGACCUUGCGACCACCACGGCUCCUGUUGCAUUCUCGCCCGCCAGCGAGGGGUUCGUAGCGUCCUCAAAGGAGACCAUUUUGGUCACGUUGUAAAAGUCGCAGGGACAGGAUUGAACCCCCUGAUGGAAUUAUCCUCUUUGCUUGUAUGAAAAUGCUGCUCCUAAGACAUUGCCCAGUUGGCCCUGCUCAGAGAAAUGCAACGUGCCCGGGUUCACAUUGUAGGGUGCAGUUGCCACUGUGCUAUUCUCAUGAACUACAUCACUGUGUGAUACCACUGGAGUCUGUAUAGGGCUCUACCAAGAGAGGGCCCUUUGUGGGGGGUGCUCAGUGGCGAAGUCACUGCCCCCUAUUUUCUUCAAGUUUUGGCAGCAAGGAAGACUUCUAACAUUUUAACCAUUGUUUUAACCCAAUUAAAACAUUAACAGGA